GGACGACAAGCGCAGCGAGGCCGGCGUCAAUUGCGCAGUUGUAUCAAGAACCUCUCCAUCGUUUGCCAAUCAGUUCCGCUGCCAGUUUACCAAGAUGGCUCCGAAACGCCCAGUAAACGGUGCGGCGACACCGCCAGCUUCGAAGCCGAGUUCCAGCUCGGUGACGGCCACGACGACCACCAAGACCGCGACCCCCGUCGCAUUCACGACGAAGUCCCCGCCUCAAGACAUAAUUUUGGGAAUAUGGCAACGGUAUCUCGUGCAAACAAGCCAGCGAACAAAGAUGCUGGAUGCAUUCAUGGCAUUUCUCGUCGUAGUCGGCGGGGUCCAGUUCGUCUAUUGUGUUUUGGCAGGGAAUUACCCGUUUAAUGCUUUCCUAAGCGGUUUCUCUGCAGCAGUGGGCCAAUUUGUUCUCACAGCGAGUCUUAGAAUGCAGACCAGCGGCCAGGAUGCGAAGGGCACAUUGAAAACGAAGUCUAGCGCGUCAAAAGGGUCAGCAACUCCGGCACAGGGAGAUCUUGCGUUGGACGCAGUGUCUCCUGAACGGGCAUUCGCCGAUUACGUGUUUGGGAGUGUAAUACUGCAUUUUUUCUGCGUUAACUUUAUAAAUUGAGACGGUGCCGUAUCGCGGAUUUAUUGCUUUUAUCGCCAGCUGCGCCGUGUUAUACUACUAUCGAUUACCCUAUUUCGAAAUUCCGGAUCGUUCACAGCCUGCAGGCCCGGGGUGUUCACAAAAUGGCAUUUUACAUUGGAUCCCAGUUUAUUCGGCGGUUCAUCUUGUUCCUUGUACAUUAUCUUAGAAAUGAAAAGGUGAAAGGCAGGAGGUCGAAUCUAUAUAAAACCCAUGCUGUAUCUAUAAUAGCAACCUAAUGCACGAUUUCAGGAUGGAAUAUC